ACUGAAUGUUCAGAAUCCUUCUUUUAACUAUCUCGCGACGCUGUCAAAUACGUGUCAUUUUACGUCUGCGCCGGCCGGCUUGUAGUCAUCGUUGGCGUGAAUGGAAGUGGCAAGUCUACGCUCCUGCGCCUCCGGUCCGCCUGCGUGCUCCCGUGUCCUGUACGAUUGAGAUUGGCGGGUGCUACCGGUACAUUGAGGAGUAUGAUGCAAAAGACCUGCGGCGCACGAUGGAGCAUCUCUCGCAAGUCCACAGGCUAUUCCCUCUGUCGGCUGCGGAGAACAUCGGUGUCGGCGCUGAUCAAAGAUGCCGGCCCCGCUCGUGGGGGCCGAUGGAGUCGUUGAGAAGCUCGCGAAGGGAUAUGAGGCGGCGUUGGCGCCCGCAAAGACGGCGAAGAUGAGCUUCGCCGCGUUUGGAAACGAAAUGUUUACGGCAGAGUUCAACAAGAUGGAGAAGCGCGCGGAGGUUUCAGGCGGGGAGACUUGUAGCGCGCGCACGUCCAUGCAUCUGUUCUUGAAUGACGUCAACUCGCCACUGUGGAUGAGCCCAGCUCCACGCGCUUGAUCCCCAGGGGGAGUACGAACUCUUCCAACGCCUGCGCAAUGCGAGGCACGGACGGACGAUGAUAUUUGUGACACAUCGCCUCGGUCGCUUGACCAAGUACGCUAACUUGAUCGUAUGUAUGAAAGAUGGUUCAGCCUUUGCCGAGACCGGC